CUUCAUCUUCAUCUUUCAGUGACAAGAGAUGGAGAAAAGAUCGUUCUAAAAUAUUGGUACCUGAGUACGAUAACCUUGUUGCUCUCUCUCUCUCUCUCUCCCGUUAUCAUCUUCUCAUCAUCUUCAUCCUUUUCUAUUAAACUUCAUUCCUUUUUCAUUCUGAAUCAAUGUUGUAUUAAUAUUAUUUUUUUUCUCCUCAUCUUAUUCAUAAAAUCGUAAUAGUGACCUCCAUAUAUUUUUGUUGCUUCGUUAUGCUUAAAAUACAAAUUGUUCAAUUCCAUUUGAUUACAAUAAUCAUUUUCAUCUUCACCACGAUCAUGAUUUCAUUAAGAAAACAUUGAAUUUUCAUCAUCAAUUUCGCCAUUUUUAUCAUUAUAAUUUUCUGUUUACAUCUAAACAUAACAACAAGUCAGUCACCUAAUUAAAGUGAUUUACUGAUAAUUAUACUAAUUUACCAUCGGAUUGUGUGAUAAUUUAAACAAUGUUAACUGUGAUUGAUUUGAUUGAAUUUGUGAAAUCCAAAACCAGACACAAUCAAUAAUCAAUAAUCUUCAUUGAAUUGGAAUCAAGUUUUAACUUUUAAAAUCUAACGGUAAAAUCCUAAUUCUUGAGUUAAGUGUUUUUAUUAAUGUCAAUCAGCUAAUUGUUGGAAAAUUGUUAGUUAAUUCAUCGAUAAUUGAUUAAGAUGGGGAACAAUAAUGUUAAAAAGUCACCUGGACAAUUCGUUAAUCAACCUCAUUCUGUGAUGAGUGUUCGAACUGUUGAUCGAUAUCCUCCCAAGGAUCCGGAAAUACUUUCUCGUUAUUAUCAUUCAACAAUACGACAUCAUGCUCACUAUUUAUCUUCACCAUAUCAUCACCUUUAUCAGUCAUAUCAUCAGGAUAGAUUGUCCAACAAUAAAGUACCAGGUAAAAAUCAAUCGCCUCAUAUCACUUUGUCAAGGUCACAUUCAGUUUUUCACCAUGGAUUCAACGGAUUCAAUGAUAAACAUCUAGAAAGUCAAUCAACUUUUCAACCAGUUACGAUUGAAUGGCAAGAAUUAAGUGUUUCGGUUCGACCAGGAAGAGGAUUGUUCAAAUCGACGGCAUCGACCAAUACAUCAAUUCCUAUUAUUAAAAAUGUGACCGGUAGUGUGGAAAGUGGCCAUCUCUUGGCGAUCAUGGGAGCCUCUGGAGCGGGUAAAACGACCUUUCUAAAUGUUCUAACAGGUCGAAAUCUACGAAAUCUCGACGUGGGGGGUAAAGUACUUCUCAAUGGUCAAAUCGCGACUGCCGAUAAAAUGGCCGCUUGUUCGGCUUACGUUCAACAGGAUGAUAUGUUUAUCGGUGUGUUAACAGUCCGUGAACAUCUCACAUUCCAGGCUCAUUUACGGACAAGCGAUGGAUCAGAUCGAGAGAUCAAAGCCAAGGUUGACAAUGUUAUUUUAGAGCUCGGAUUGAAAAAGAUUGAAAAUUUUCGUAUCGGUUCACCGGGAAUGGAUAAGUCAAUUUCUGGGGGAGAAAUGAAAAGACUCGCAUUCGCCUCGGAGAUUCUAACUGAUCCGUCGAUACUUUUCUGUGAUGAACCGACGUCUGGAUUAGACUCUUUUAUGGCUCAAAGUGUUGUCAGCGUUUUAAGGUCAAUGGCAGCGACUCGACGAACCAUAUUAGCGACUAUUCAUCAACCUUCAUCUCAAGUUUUUGAAAUGUUCGAUGAGAUACUUUUACUUUCUCAGGGAAGAGUCGCUUUCAUGGGAAGUUCAGCUGAUGCUCUUAUUUUUUUCUCUCGAAUUGGACUUCGAUGUCCAUCCAAUUAUAAUCCUGCCGAUUUCUAUGUCCAGCAACUCGCAAUCAUACCUGGAAAAGAAGAUGAGUGCAAACGAAAAGUUUCCAGAAUUUGUUCUAAAUUCUCGGAAUCCGUUAGCAUUUCACGCACGGCACAAGCGCAAAGACAAAUAGACCAGAAAGGAGGCUACAAAAGACCGAUUCGAUUCUCGUACAAACGAGGCUUUUGUACGCAAAUUAAAUGGGUCGUUUGGAGAUCAUGGUUGACUAAUCUUCGAGAUCCUCUUUUAACCUUUUUCAGAGUGGCACAAACAAUCUUUGUUGCUCUUCUUCUCGGUGUCGUUUACUGGAAACAAGAAUACAGCCAAGAAGGAAUCAUGAACAUCAACGGAGCCUUGUUCAUCUUAUUAGCUAAUGUCACAUUUACGAAUGUCUUUGCAGUCGUUAAUACUUUCUGCUUGGAAUUACCGAUAUUUAUUCGUGAAUAUGGCAAUGGACUUUAUUCGAUUGCCGUUUACUUUCUUUCGAAAUUAUUGGCCGAGUUACCGUAUUUCGUUUUCUUACCCUUUGGUUUCGCUGCCAUAACUUAUUGGAUGAUCGGCUUGUACGACGAGAUCCAAGUCUUUUAUUUAACGGCCAUGGUUUUGGUGCUAAUUGCAAAUGUCGCCUGUGGUUUUGGCUAUUUCAUCUCGUGCAUCAGUAAAAGUGUCACCAUGGGAUUGUCGAUAGCACCGCCGUUCAUGAUUCCACUCAUGUUGUUUGGUGGACUUUUCUUGAAUAAUAAGUCAAUUCCCCAUUAUCUGGCAUGGAUUAAAUAUCUCAGCUGGUUUUACUAUGGAAAUGAGAUUCUCGUAGUUAAUCAAUGGCGUAAAGUUACUAACAUUUCCUGUGAUAUUCCAGAUUCUGAUCAUUUAGGCUCGUUGGUCGGAGCUCUAGUGCCCAACAUGACUGAAAUUGAAGGUCUUCGAGACGCUUUGCCCCCAGGGCUUGGAUGUAUAUUGGAUGGGAAAGGAGUAAUCGAAAGGCUACAUUUCGACGAAAAUAAUGUCACAUUUAAUUUCAUCGCUCUAGGAGUUCUUCUAGUCGCUUUUAGAGUUUUAGCUUUCAUUGCAAUUACAAUCAGAGCUCAAUUAUUCAGAUGAUUAAACAUGCAAAUCAUCAAACGAAAGGUUAAAUUUUCAUGUUCACACAAUCAACUGCGGUCAAUUUUGUUUCUCAUUUCAAUUUAAGUGUAAAAAUGGUCAAGAUACUUAUUAAAAGUUAAUCAAGCUACAAAAAUCAUCAAGUUUUCAUUUAAUUAA